GCAGAAAUGGAUACCAUGCUGGCAGAAAGAGAAAAGAAGUUGGCUGAAAGAGAUGCCUACAUCAUUGAUUUACAAAUGGCAUGUGGAUCAGGUGGUGUUGGUAGUGAAAUAUUCCUGCCUAAUGAAGAACUGAAGAAUCAGCUGUCCAUGAAAGAAUCAUCACUGCAAAGCAUGCAAAUUCUGGUUCACAAUCUUACCAAGAAGGUUGGAGACAGUGAAGAAAAAUGUAGCUUGUUCCAGGAACAGAUUGAAAGUCUUAAAAAUAUUCAUAAUAAAGAAAGAGAGCGUUUCCAAGAAAGAGAAGCCACGUAUAUGGAAAAUAUUCGUGUGUUUCAAAAUAUUAUCCAAGAAAAGGAAAAGGAACUGGAAACGCAGAGAGAAAAGCAUGAGCAGGAGCUCUUUAGGUUAGCUGCUAAAUCUGAUGCAAGUGCUGACCUGGAACAGCUACUAAAGGCCUUGAAACAGAAGCUCCAUGAAAAAGAAGAAGUCAUGCUGGGAAGGACACAGGUCAUAGACAUGUUGCAGAAAGAACUGGAUGCCAAGGACCAGCAAUUGAAAGGGAUUAAUGAAAACCUGAAACGUCUCCUGUCUGAAAAGGAAAACCUCCAGUCUAAACUGGAUGCUGAGAAGCAUGUAAUGAGAGCCCAGCUAAGAGAUAUGAUGGAGAAGCACGAGCUUGAAAUGACAAAAAUCCAGGAGAAAUACACCACUGAAUUGCAUGAAAUUCAAGAGAAACAUGAAACAGAGAUGCAAGAGAAAGAUCAGGCUCUAUUUCAGCUUAAGAAACAAGUGGCAGAGUUAAGUGGUAAUGGACAGAAUAAUUCAAAAGAAGUUAGAGAUUUGGAAUCUGUCACUAAAGAAAAGAUGGAAGAAUUGGAAGAACAAGUGAAAUUGAAAGCAGAAGAGGCCAGCAAAUCUGAAGCUAAGUUUCUGAAAAUGAAGGCUUGGUCUAAAUCAAGAAUCAAACAACUGGAGGAUGAACUGAAAAAUUUUUCAUCAAAGAAUAAUGACAUAUCUGCCUUAAAUAAUCGUGUCUCGGAAUUAGAGACUGAAAAGGAAGAACUGCAGUCAGAACUGCAGUCAUUACGUGAAAUGAGAACUCAAAAUGAAGAAUUGCUGGCCAAACUGGAAGUCUAUGAAGAGCAACAAAGGAAGUUGCAAGCUGAUCUUGACCAAGUUACAAAGAGAGCUGCUUCACAGGCCAGCGAAUCGGGCAGUGUGGAUGAAUUGCAGAGUCAGCUGUUGGAAUGGCAAGAGAUUGUGCCAGAGUCAGAGGAGUCCCGUGAUCAAGUCAGAGAGGUUAAGUCUGCCAUGGCCUUGAGAAUGGCUCAGAUUGAAGAGGAGAGAGAAGCCAUAGUCUCAGGGCAACAGGAGCUGGAGGAGGAACUGACCACAGUUCAAGGAAUUGGCAGGCUGCACCAGGCAAGAAGAAAAACUAACCAGACCACCAGGAAGCUUCAGGAAGAAUACAGCUUUGAUAGAAAAGAAUGUUUUCAAGAGUUGAAUGUCACCUUGGAUAGCACUGACUCUGCUGAAGGAGAAAACAUGGGAGGCUUACGGACUGUAGUUGAAGAGUUGGAAUUGGAAAGAAAUCAACUGCAGGAGCAAAUCCUGUGUUUGGAGGAGCGUUGUCGGGAUUUGGAAGAUAGGUUGCAGCUUCAAGGUAGAAUGGAGGCUCUUCAGAAUGAAAAUGAGCGUUUGCAAGCUCAGCUUGCUCAAUUACGUAACCAGCAAACACGAGAUUCUGAGAAGCAUCAAAUUCUAAUCUCUGGCUUGAAUGAGCAACUGAAAGGUUUAACUGACAGAAAUAGCUUUCUUGAAACUUCUCUUGGGGAAAAAGAGCAAAAACUGUUGAGCACAACAGAAAAACUAGAGCAAAUGGAAACUUUGAGGAAACUACUUCAAGAAAAGGAUCUUCUGAACAAAGAGCUUGGUGAAAAGUUAGUGCAUUCUGAGCAAAAACUCAAUGAAGUCUUAAAGAAAUGCAGUGCAUAUGAAGUGGAGAAUACUGAGCAGAAAUCAGUCAUCAAUGACCUAACAGAAAAGGUUGCUACUCUGAAAGAAAAGACUUUGAAACAAGAUGGUGUAGUGGAAUCGAUGCAGCUGGAUCUGGACCAGACAAAUGAAGAGCUUGACAAACUGAAUACGAGCCAUUUAGAAGAAAGAUCUCAACUUAUUCAAGAUCUCCAGAGACGUGAAAGAGAAAUUGAUAAUCUUAAGGAAACACUGGCAGAAAAGGACAGGGAAGUGUCUGUCCUGUCCUUGAACAUGGCAGAAUAUUCUGAACAGAUUAUCAUCCUGAAGUGCCAAAUACAAUGCAAAGAGGAAGAAAUACGAGGAAUGGAAGAAGCUUUAUUAAAGGCUGAAAGGGAAACUCACUUGCUGAAAGAAGUACAAACAGCUGAUGUAAGAGAUGCUAGCCUAAAGAUAUCUGCCCUUUCAGAGAAGAGUAAUACAGUGGGACAGGAGUUAGAAAGAGUUAGAAUGGAGAAUGAAGCUAAAACCAAAGAAAAUGAGGAGUUAAUAAAACAAAUCACCGAGAACAGCAUUACUAUUAAGGAUCUCCGUUCUGAAAUCAAGGCCAACAAUGUCACACACCAUAACAAGCUUAUGGAGUGCGAGUCACAGAUCACUUUGCUGAAAGAACAAAUUAAUAAGUCAUCUGAAAAGUUGCAACAAACGGAGAAUAAACAAAGAGAAGAAGCUGAAUAUUUGAAAACUCAACUUGAGGAAAAUAAUGCUCUGAAGGAAAAAUGGAACGGUUUGCUUAAAGAGAAGGAGAGUAAGGAAAAGGCACUUGAAAAUGAGUUAAAAACAGUUAAAGAUUCAUAUAACAAGCUAAUUUUGGAAGAUGCUAGGAAAGAUGAAGAAUUGGCUAAGUUAUCCAGACAGCUUACAGAACACACUGAACAUCAGAAAACAAUUGAAAAAGACUUACAAGAGAAACAAGAGAUCAUUAUGUCAUUAGAGCAGAAGCUUGGGUUUUUGGAGCAGGAAAAUGAAGAGUCUAAGUUUAAAUUAAUUGGAGAGCUGAAAGCCAAAGAGACAUGUUGCACAGAACUUAAUAACCAAUUAAGUGAAAUGCAUAAACAAAUUAACCAGCUGGAAAUAGCAACACAAAAAAGAUCUUCAGCUAAUAAGCAGUUACAGGCAGAUCUUGAGGAGAAAGAAGAAAAACUGGCAGAGCAAGUAAAAGCAAAUGGAGAUCUGAAAAAAAAUAUAAAUGUGAUGGAAAAAGAGAAGCAGCAGCUAAUCAGUGAAAAUGAGAGUUUGUCCAAACUGUUGGAUAUAAAAGAGCGUGAAUUGUUAGAGAAAGUCCAGGCUGUGGCAGAAGUAGAGAAUAAGUUAUCUGUUAGCACUGCUGACUAUCAAAAAACUCUUUCAAUACUAACUAGUGAUAAAGACACUCUGGUAAAAGAGAUUGAACAACUUUCGCUGCUUGCUGAGCAAAAAGAAAAUUCAGUUGCAGAACAGCUGCAGAAAAAAACCGAGGCGUGUAACGUGCUAGCCGAGCAGUUGUUUGAAAGCAAAGAACAGACACAACAGUUGCAUGAACAAGUGCAAUCACUGCUCAUUGAGCUGAAGGAUACUCGAGACAAAGAAAUAAAGAAAGAAGAAAUGUUAAAUAAUAAGUUAUCUGAAUGUGGUACGCUAAUGCAAGAGCUCAGCCAUAGCAAGGAAAAGAAUUUAUUACUGGAGAAACAAAUUCAAAAUAUAACUUCGGAUUUUGAAGUUAAGAACAGGUCUCUAGAAGAAGAGGUCCUUGAGAAUGGUUCAUUACGUAAGGAAAUGGAAGAGAGUAAACUUUAUAUUUUAGAGUUGCAGGAUGAAAUUAAAAAUCUUAAAGAUCAAAACGCAAAGUUGUCUCAUUGCCUAGAAGAGAGAGACUUGACUGUAAAAAGUCAAGGUUCAGAACUCGAGUUGUUUCAGAAGCAAGUUUCUGAACAAAUGGAAGAGAGUGCAGGAUUAAAAAAUCAGUUAGACUUACUGAGCAAAGACAUUGAUGUCCUCAAGCAUGAAAAGGAAGAUCUUUCAAGUUUUUUGAGUGAGAAGUCGCAUGAAUGCGAUGUUCUUCAGUCACAGCUGGUACAGCACCAGUCAGAAACUAUUUCAGCAAGGCAGCAAGCGCAUGCAGCAACUCUAGAAAAUGAAAAGUUGAAAGUAGAUAUUGAAACAGUUAAUGCUGCAAUAAUGAAAAAAUCAGAUGAAAUAGCUGCUUUAAGUUCUCACUUGUCUCAGCAAGGUCAUAAUAUCUUAGCUUUGAAGGACCAAAUUGAUGGCCUACAAAUGAAAGAUAAUAAAGCAGCAGGAGAACUGCAGUAUUUGCAGAUUAUUUCUGAUCUGCAAAACGGAAUACAAGGCCUGAAUUUGGAAACCAGUCAGCUUAGACAAGCAAUGCAGGAGAAAGAAAAUGAUUUUAAGAAGCAAGCCCAAGAGUUAAAGUUAUUUAAAGAUAAAUCUGAGGAGUCUGAUGUUCUUAGGGGUCAACUGUCUGAGAAUAUGGAGGUUAUUUCUGACCUUCAGUAUCAGCUUCAAAAUAUGACAGAAAAAACAGCCCAAUUGAAUGAUUUAGUUAUACAGAAGGAUGAAUCAUUAAAGCAAAAGCUAGAUGACUAUGUCAGUUUGAAAGCACACCUUUCUGAAAUACAGGCUGCUUCUGUUACGCAGCAGAAACAGUUGGAGCUUUUAACCUCUGAAGCAGAACAAUUAAAAGUGCUUGUUUCAGAAAAAGAGGUGACUGUCAAUAAUAUUUCAUUAUUCAGCGAGAAGUUAAAGACACAACUUCAAGAAAAAGAGAAUGAAUGUGAGGUCUUAAAGAAAGAGGUUGUGGAGUUGGAGAACGUGAAAAUGAAUCUACAAAAAGAAGUGCAAGAUCAGAAAAGUGUAAUAACUGAGAUCAGCCAGUCCUUAUUAGAAAAGGAGUCUUCACUUAUGGAAAACAAAAGUCUCCUCAAAACUCUGAAUGAGAAAGCAAGCAAAGAUGAAGAGAAAAUAAAUUCAAUUUCUGAGCUUCAGAGUCAGAUACAUGAGCUAACACAACAACUACAAGAAUCAAAAGAACUAGUACAUACGAAAGAAGACGCCUUUUUUUCUCUUCAGGAAAAAAUUGCAGCAGAGUAUGAACUAAAAGAUGAACUUAAUGCAGCCCUUAAUGAAAAAGAAGAGGUUAUUACUGGGCUGCUUAGUUCCUUAAAGGAAAAAGAUAACAGUAUACAGUUGGCGGAUAGCAACGUUUGUACUCUUUCUAGUGAGAUUGAGGUUCUUAAAGCAGAACUGGAGAAAAGUGAUGCAGCCAUGAAAAGCCUUACUAAGGAAUUUCAGGAAAAGAGUGAGAACUUUGAUUUUAAUCAGAAGAAAAUUGAUUCUUUGACAAUUGAACUUGAUUAUGUAAAAAAUGAACACCAGAAAGCACUAGACCAAAUAACUACAUGGAAACAAGAUUUACAGGAAAAAGAAUUAGCUGUAGAGUCUCUGCGUGUGAAGUGUGCUGAACAGGCUGAAAAUAUAGAACGUUUAAAGUUAGAGUUGGACAAUGUAAAUUCUAAAUCAUCUCAAGACUGCCAUGACAAAGCACUACUGAUAGCUAGUCUGCAGCACCAAGUAGACUCUUUAGAGAAAGAAAAAAAUCUCUUACAAGAAGAUGCUGACAAACUGACAGUUGAAAACACACAACUCGUUGCAUCACAAGAUCAUUUACAAAAGAAACUGGAAGAACUUCAAGAAAUUAAUGAAAAACUAGAAACAAGUGAGAGUUGUUCAAGAAUGGAGAUAGAUGCUAUCAAACUGCAGAUGAAGACAGAAAAUGAGAAAUUACAGAUGCAGGUUAGUGUGAAGGAUGAAGAGCUCGCUAAAUUGGAACAUAAAUUUGAAACUCUAGAACAAAAUCUGUUUGAGUCAAACAAAUGGGUGACAGAUCUUGAUAGGGCAACUUUACAAAACAGUAGUCUGUCUGAACAAUUGCGCAGUCUAGAAAGUGAAAUGAAAUUGAAGGAUAGUAAAAUUGAGUCUUUACAGCAAGAACAGAAUGUAAUAAAAAAGGAAUUAGCUCAAAGCUUAUCUGCAUUAUUGAGUAGUAGGCUUUUAUGUACAGAAAAGAAUGCACAGCCUUCAGAUACCACACUGGAGCCAGCUGAUACUAAAGUUCAGUUGGAAAAUUUCUCCACCCUGGUAGCCACUAUUUUGAGCAAAGAAGCAGAAAGAGAGCAAUUGCAACUGAUUCUCUUAGAAAAACAAAAUGAAAUGGAUGUCCUAAAAAAUGAAUUGGAAAAUAUGCAGUCACUUGAAAAAGAGAAGGAUUUGCUGCAGAAUGAUAUUGAAAAGAUCAAAUGUACCUACAAAUCUGAAAUUGAAUGUCUAUCAAAAGAAGUAGUCACUGUUAAAGAAACAUUAUGUAAACAACAGUCUCUCUUUCAAGAAAGAGAAGAGUCAUUUGCAGAAGUGAGUAAGCAAGUUGAAUUUCUUCAGGAGAAGAUAGAUGAAUCAGAAGAAAUAGUUAGAAACAGCCAAGAGAAAUUGAAGGCUGAAGGUAAAAAAGUAGCAAGUCUCCUGGAAGAAAUGGGAAAAAAAGACCAACUAAUAGAAAACUUAACUUCCCAGAUAAGUCAGCAAAAUGACUUAAUUCUUGGUCUAAGUCAGCAAGUGAAGGAAAAGGAUUGUUCAGUUACCAAGGUCAUGGAAUCAUUGUCUAGUGAAACGCUGAAAUUUUCAGAAGAGAGAAAUAUAUUAAAUACCAAAUUGCACGAUCUUGAAGCUGUUCAUAAUAGCUCUGUAGGAGAACUGAAUCAAGUGUUGCAGGAACUUGAACGCUGUAAGAAAGAACUGGAGGAUAGUCAGGUUACGUUAAACAGUAGAGAAGCUGUGUUUAAAGAUGUGAUGAAUGAAAAAGAGGAGAUGCAGUUUAAUCUUGAGAAAAUUGGCAAGGAAAAAGACAAUCUCAAAAAGAAACUUCAAGCAGCAUUGAUGAUAAGAAAAGAUUUAAUGCAAAAAGUUGGAAAACUAGAAAAGAAUGGACAGGAAGAAAUAGAAAAAGAGCGUAAAAAAAGUGAGGAGUUGUUGAAGAGAGUUAAUGAAUUAACAGACAAGCUAAAAUUUGCUGAAGUGCAAAAUAAAGACUUUGAGUCUGAUCUUGGAACUUUGAAGCAACAAAUUCUAGAAAAAGAUGCCCAAAUAAGUAAUCUGAAUGAAAACUAA